AACUGUUUAAUGUUUGACAAAACUGUGUAACGAUUGAAUUUAGCAGACCUUAGUCAGUAUACGUUUAACUGAAGCCGUUCAUUAUCUUAUGUGGAAUGGGAAAAAAGUUAGUAUCUAUUAUUUUUCAGUAUACUAAAUGAAUGAUGUCAUUUUCAACGCCUACGAAUUCAGUUCCGUGUGAAAUUCAGAAGAUGAAAAGUGAGGUAAUACAUAAUACUAAUGAAGUAGUUGAGAAGCAUAACAAUAAGUGCAGUUCACCGACUGUAUCAUUAUUUUCUAUCAUCACUACGUCCUCUUUCACCUCCUCAUCAUCGUCCACAACAUUCUCUUCUGGUGUAAGAGAUGUAUGCGCUUGGUGUAAGAAACCAAAUCUCCAACCUUAUAAAUCCAAUGCUUUAUGUAAAUCAGUGAGUGUAAAUAAUUUUGUGGAAGGGACAGAACCAAUGCCAGUUUGUUGUUCUCAAAUAUGUUUUGAUAAUCUACGUCGUGCUUACUUCAAAAAUCGACGACUAAGACUAAACUCACAGUUAUUGAAUGAAAUACCGGCUAUGGCAGUCUCUGGUCGCCUACCAUAUGUAUGUGAUUCUGAUAAAGAUGCAACUGCCGAUGGAAGCAAACAAGCAUGUUUAUCUUAUUAUUCAGGGAGUGAUUCGUCAACUAAUGUCCUUUUCACUAAUACAACUAAUCGAAUGCCAUCGAAGAAACGACAUCAUAAUCACCAACAACAAAACAACACUCAUAAUCGCAAACAUCCCAUGAAUAUUUUUCAUACAAAAACCAAUUCUUCAAAAGAAACAUCAAAUCAUGACGUAUCUUCAAAUGCACCGUUAUACUCACAAUUUAAUAAUAUUACAAAUAAAGCUGAUAAUGAAAUACUGCCUAUCCCACUAUAUGAUUAUAUAAUGCAGCAUGUUCAUAUCACUCAUUUUAUUAAUAACUUAAUGAAUAGUGAGACCAUGGAAAAUGCUAAGAACAAUGAUACCAAUGAGAAUGAUUUCAAAAUGAAUAGUAAAGCUGUCAGCCCUCAUGGUUCUAAUUUAGAUAUAGUAAACUCUGAUAUGGAACAUAUUGACCAGUCAAAAUUUCCUAAUGUAGAAAUGAUAAGUCUAUUUAAUCAGUUAGUCAAUUUUUCAAAUAAAGGCAAAAUCAGCGAUUGGAAUAAAAUUAAUGAUAAUGGUGAUAUUCAGGUUAGUUGUUUUAAUCAACCGAUUAUAAUUCCAAUACCAAUACCAAUAUUUAAAACAGCCCCAGAAUUGAUGAAUAUCUUACAUUAUUAUGGUUAUCAUUCAUUAGAUGCUUGUGAAAAGGUCAAAAAAACCUGUUAGUAUUCAUGUACAAACGCAAACAAUACCAGUACUACCAACAACAGCAAACGUUAACGAAAUAAGUACUUUAGAUGAAAGGAUGAAACCUGCACUUCAAGAAGAUUACUUUGAAGAUACUCAAGAAAGGCGGGAUAAUGAGCAUAUAAAUAAGGAAACCACCCGUCAGCUGGGAGGAAAUACUGACAAAGCAUUAGAUUUGAGCUUAUCCAAUCAAAUGUUGAAGAAGGUAUCUUUGAAUAAGCAUUUAGUAAAGUUGAACAGCCUAGAAUAUAAGCAGCAACAAAACAGUCAGAAUAGGCGUCAUUUGAUAAAAAGAAGACGAUUAAAACAAAUCCCCAUUUCAGGAAUUUAUAAGUAAUUGACCCAAUAAGAAAACACUGCUACACGUAAAAAUUAUGCCAAUCAGACGUUUAUAGAGACAAAAACAAAUUGAGAAUGUAAAUAGUGUAUAUUUGGGAUUAUGCUAAUAUACUUGAAUACAAAUUUAAUACAUUUGUUUCACUUAG